AUGUGGGCUGUUCUCCAGAAAUGGAUCCUUGCUUUGCCUUCCGCUACAGAUGAGCAGCGUAAGCGCAGACUGGGCCUUCAGAAAGAGCUUGAAUGGGCUGUCAGUGAACUGGACGACGGCAACGGCAUCGGUGAAGACGGGUUGGUGUUUGCCCACUGCGACCUUCUCUGCGCCAAUGUCAUAGCUGUACCGUCCUCAGAUGCUCCUGUCACAUCCGCGGGUGAGCCCACAACGACUGUGCAGUUCAUCGACUAUGAAUAUGCCACUCCAUCCCCAGCCGCGUUCGACAUCGCCAACCAUUUCGCUGAAUGGGGUGGCUACGACUGUGACUACAACAUGAUGCCUACAUGUGCUGUUCGGCGCCAGUUCUUGACCGAGUAUGUCAGGAGUUAUACCCAGCACAAAGGUCUCCCGGAGUCGUCUCAGAAGCAGAUCAUCGAUCGACUCUAUGAGGACGUUGAUCGCUUCCGCGGCAUUCCCGGAUUAUACUGGGGUAUAUGGGCCCUCAUCCAAGCCCAGAUCUCGCAAAUCGACUUCGACUACGCUUCAUACGCUGAAACUCGCCUCGGCGAAUACUACGCCUGGCGUCGAGAGCUCGACGGCAGCCGCGCCAAAGCCGGCGAAGAAAUGCCUCUCCGCGAGCGUCGAUGGGCUCAAGAAGUUUGA